CCGUUGGAUAAUAUUCUGUCCGCGUGCAGCAUCGUGCAUUCGGCGUUACCGUGCGUUAUUCCGUAUUCGUUUGCGGUCAUAAUUUGAAGUCUUGAAAUCAUUUCAGAUUCAGAGUGUAUCAUAAUAAUACGUAUUGUCCUCUUCAAUUCACAGGGUGAGUCAACAAUACAUAAAUAAUCAAAUUUAUAUUGUGUGUACUAUGCACAGUAACGUAGAGUUGUGUAAACUUAAUACGACCGGACUUAUAUAGAUACAGGUUAGGUUACGCGCCUACCUACAUUAAAAAUUAAACUGUAUAAACAGUCAUGUUGUGCAGUCGCCGGUGGAAAUUCGAUUGUAAUUUUAAAUGUUAUUCUCAACUUUUACUAUGAUUAAUACCGGUAGUAUAUUUACGGGAACGGGUGGUGGGGGGAGAGAGAUUAAGGUGAUUUAUCGCCCUCAUUUUCAGUGUUUAUUAUUUAAUAUUAAAUAGCCCACCUAUUGUUAAAUUAUAGUCGUGUUAAUUUUUAGUCAAAAAAGUAAAAAAUUAUUUGGUAGGUACAUUUAGUUUGUAUAAUAGGUAGGUAUGUACAAACAAACCUGAACGUAAAAACGAUAAUAUGAAGGAAAUUAGACUAAUAGGUAUCUAAAUAGUAUUAAUGACUUUAACUUAUUAAUGACUCGAUCAGGUUUUUAGGAUAAUAAUUAGCUAUUUAAUUAUAUUACUAUACUAACUAUUUUAAAUAUAUUUUCGAAACUCAAAGAUAAGUUUUCGAAUCGUGAUAUUCUAAACACUCGUGUCUCGGUUAAAAGUUGAAAUAACGGAAAAAAAUACUGCGACACGACACGGAAAUAGUGGUCUUGUCUUAAAGUUGGACGAAAGGUCAAUUCAAUCUAAUAUUAAAAUUAACAGCACAGAGUCACGCGGUUGUAUAUGACCGGAGUAGAGAAUACCCGAACCAUAUUCACAUUGACAAUCUUGGGAUUUCGGGAUUUCGUUUGAAAUUGAUAAUAGAAAAAAAAAAAAAUGUAAUGAUGAAUAACAUAAAUUUUGAAGAUUAUUUUUUUUUUAUAAUAUAUUUUUGAACAAUAAUUUAGAUUAUUAUUAAUUACCGUUAAUUAAUAGUACGUAUUACCUUCUUUGUGGUAACAUUCCGUAUUUUUUUUUUUUUCAAGUUACUGCAUUAAAUAUUUUAUCCCGAAAAUCCCGGGGUUAGUUAGAUACCGAUCGCCGAAACGAAAUAUGACCGGAAAUAGUAAAUAAAAUAGUACGCAACAAUAUUGUUAUUCUCGGUUUCAUGCGCUUUUUGUCGUGUUCCGAUUGACCGUUGUAUAUACAGUCUCCACAACAUAUGGUGACUGCAAUUUUCUCGGGGUUGGAUUUUCGCAUUUUCUCUCGUUUCGAUUAUUGAUACAAUGUUCAAUUUUAUUUUUCUUCAACAUUUUCAGCAUUAUAUUGUAUUUUCGGACACAACGCAACGUAACCGGAUUAUUCGUCGUCUUUGUAGGGCAUACUUCGCGGAUAACAGAGAAACCCUUCGAAGCCUCGACGAUAAUUUUUAUCAUUAUUUCGUCGCGUUACGGCGACUCGAAAUCGUAAAACUUUUCGACAAACGCGUAUUAUUAUUAUCUUUUGUCAUUCGCCAACGGCGAUAAUACAGGCGGGUGUAUCGUUUCACGGCGAAAAAAACUUUUAUAUUAUUCCUAUUAUUUCAAAUUGAAAAAUACGUUUUUUUUUUUUUCAAACGUUCUUUAUUUAAAAUUAUUCGGAGAUAAUAUUUUAUUACGCAGGGAGGAAAACGCUAUAAUAGAAUUCCGGAAAAUUAUUUUUCCCGCUCUUUAUCUCGCUUUAUUUUUAACUGCGUAAUGGCAAUUAUUAUUAUUUGAAUUCCGAUUUCCGUUUAGAAAUUCAAUAAAACCGUACUAUAAUCGUAUGGUUUUUGUUUUUAUACCAGCUAUAAAGCCAAACGAUUAAUUAUGUUUGAACGUGACUUUUCAAUACACCUACCUACAUUACGUUUAAUUUUGUAUUUAAUCUUUUGAAACUCGCUUCUUUUGUCCUGUAGGUACCUAUACAAUCCUAUCGCUGAUAACAAUUUAUUACGCGUGUUUAUUAUGCACAGGCGUCGGACGUGGUUCGCGUUUUCGUAGGCAACCGUUUUUGUUUCAAAUUUUUACCGAAUUGUAAGAUUUACACAAGUGAAUAAAUUAAAAUAAUUAUUAUUCAGUUGACUCGACUAACCAGUAUUAUUAUUAAUUUACAAUGACGAACAGACAGCGCCAUCUAUGCGCCUCGGCCCUAUGUCUGCCAAUAACGAUCGCGAUAAACACAGAGGUCGUUAGGUAUACCGUAAACAUAUAUAGCGCACAACGACGCGCGACACUACUGUCUGUGCACAGUUCUUUUUAAAUACUAAUAAUAUACUAAGUAUACAUGCCUUGAACGUGAAUCUAUACAAGGACAGAACCCCUGGGCUAAGUCCUCAUAUAAGUUUAACCUUUUUUUUUUUUAUUAUUAUUUAUUUGAGAAAAAAACCUAAGACUUUUUAAAAUAGUCGGUUUCAAUUGUAGAAACUAAAAACUUAGUUUGUGCGCAUGCAAAAAAAAAAUAAUCACAUUAUAAUGGCAAAUCGGGAUUUUUUGUCGAAAUCAAAAAGAAAAUGCGAAUAAAUAAUAAUUAUAAGCUUUAUAGCACCGGUCUAUUAUUCAAUUUAUUGAAAACCGCCCACCUCUCCUUUGUAACGCACGCCUUUAUAACGGGCUUGGCCGGUGUCCGCCAAAAAUGUACCUUUCCCCUUUUUUCUACAAUUCACUAUUCGACUAAAUGAAAAAAUUUAGCCUGAUAUUCCAAUAAAUAUUAAUGGGCAAUUGUAUUUAUUACAAUUAUUAAUUAGACACAUAAAGAAAAAAAAAACCUAGUGAGUUUUUUUUCUAUUUAUAUAUGUUACAAAUUUAGUUUAUUAUUAAUUAUUGAAUACAGGUAAAAAUAUUUGUUAAUACCACACUUUAUGAUACAACAUGUAUCAAAAAUAUUAUCACAUUUUUUUUAUUACUGUAUAAAUUCAAACUAAAUGUUAUUAUCAUUUUUUUGUCGUAAGACAUUUUCUAUAACGUACCGUAAUUUCCUAAUGAUUCUGCUUGUUGCAUCAGUUGAUAUUUCUAUUUAAUGUCCAUAUUUGUAUUUAAAUAUCAUUAAAUAUGAUUUCAUUUCGUAAAACAUAUAUCAUAUAAUUAUUGUUUUAAGAACGGAUAAUAUUAUGAGUCAUAUUAUUUGACCUACAGUAAACGUAUUACGUAUAUUAUAAAACAAUAUGACAUUUAUAUUUUUUAUUUUAUUUAAUUUUAUUUAAUCACCAUUGUACAAACAUAACUGUAUAUUUUUUACGAACGUUAUGAAAUUGUUUUCAUAAUAUAAUAAUAAUAAUUUAUGAUAUGAUCGUCAAUCAAUAUUCGAAUACUGGGAAAACUCGAGUUGAGUCCCUGGAUAUUUUAUCGCUUAAAUUAAAAUCGAGUUGGAUCCGUGGUAUUAUUUAAUGGUACUCGGGUUAGGUUCGCGGUAAUAAUAUUAUAUUAUAUAACAUUUACCUAUUUUAAUACGAAAAUAAUAUUUGUCAAUAAUAGUAAUUUUAAUACUUUUUUAAUAAUAAUAGUAAUCAUUUUAAUAUUUUAUAAUUAUACAAAUUGUAAUAGAGUAAAGUAACAAAAAAAUCAAAUUCUUUGGAAAACUUUCUAGUCAAUCUACACGAGGUGUCUCCUGGGUAACUCUUAUAGCCUAGACUAAUGUUUUCAAUAUAAAUAAUAAUAAAAUAAAUAUGUCAGGACCCAACUUGUGUAUACGUUAAAAUAUGCCGGGACACAAUUCAUGCCUUCGGGGCUCAACUCGAGGUCAGCCCGAAUAUUAGAUUAAAUUUUUUCAUUGGGCGAAGAAGGGAAAGGUACAUUUUUGGCGGAAAUGGAUAACUCUUGGUAUCUCUCGGUAAAAUUGUCCGUCAGUAAAUCAGUAAUCGUGAAUGUUAUAUCAGUGGCGUACCCGGGAUUUCACAGUGGAUUAGGGAGGGGAGAUAUCGCUUAACCAAAGCAAAUGUACAAAUAUUUUAAAUGCAUAACUGUGCAGUAAAAUAAUAUUAGUCGUACUCGGUUGAAAAAGUAGUAUAAUAUGUAUAGCGCGCGCUGUGAUUAUUAUUUCGUUUGUGUCUAAAUUGGUUUGUCAAACGUUUUUGUAUUGUUUGUUCGUGUUCGGCGCGGCCGACGGAAAUGCGGGGUGCAAAAGCCCACUCAGCCUGUAGGCACGUCCGCGUCGUCGUAUGACUGGUUGUGUUUUAUAAGCGUUUCGAUUCGGAGCCGACACGUGUCAGUUUCGAUCACCGGCAACAACAAUUGUAAAUCCUCCCGGAUCCCGUCCGUCGGCAAACAAUACGAGACGGUCUGUCGUUAUUUCCGACCGAACGAGAUGAUACCCUGCCCGUCCGUACCCGCCGCUCGUUUCCCGGAGAUGAAAUCCCGAUAUUAUUAAAGCCGGAGCGCCGAGCGCGCACAGUUCGUUAAAAAAACGAAUUUACAAUGACGGGAAUAACGUUUCGAAUAUCGUAUUUUCGGUCGCGUCCCGGCACGUUCGGCAAAAAAAAAAAAAUUGAAAUAAAAAACAAAUCUAAUUUCGCGAAAAAACAAAUAAUUCGCCCGUCCGUUGUCGUCUGUUGCGUUCGUAGCCGCGUAGUAUUUCGCGAACCGCGGACGGAAAUCCGUAUCGCUUUUCAUAACGCACGAUCGAGCAAUACAAAAAUUUAAAAUAACAAAAAAACCACCGUACCGACAUGAAUUCGUUUACUUAACAACGAACCGCACGUAGGCGGAAUUGCCAAUUCUCGCGAUACGAGAUUUUCCAAUUUUCCGGCGGCAUGUGUCACCAAUACGUACGAGAUUGUUACGUUAUUAUUUGCUUUUCGCGCAUCAUCGAAAUACCCCUCGUUGUUAUUGCGAUUUAUCCGCGAAAUUGGGCAAAUACUUACAUACACACUUACAGGGUGAUUGUUUUUAUCGGGAAUCGUCGUCGUUUUCACGGGGGAUUUAAGUGAAUUCGAUUUCUGGGGGUUUUUUUUUUUUUGAACCGUCGGGAUGGAAUCGUCUGAGCUUUAUUUUAAUACCGUUUUCAAUUAUUUUUACCCCCACUCCGUAUACCUUAAACGAGUUUAGUUUAUACUUUUCAAACAAGAACACAGAUUCGAAUAAAGAAUAUUUUUCUAGACAUUUCGAUACGUAUAACGCUAAUAUUACAUUUACCGUUUAUGAUUUAUUUAGGUUAAGUAUGAGUGUACCGGGUGAUCGGUUUAAGUGAGUGCACUCCUUAUCUCGGAAAAUAUUAACUUUUUAUGGAAUUUGUUUUCUAGCACAUUAAAGAAACAAGCUGCUCUACAAUUUUAUAUUUGAGUUAUUUUUUGUCACUCUUAUUUUUGAGAAUAAAACCAUUACCUACUUUUGAUUUUCAGAUGGCAACCUAUAUUAAAAUAUCCAUAAAUAGAUGGAGUAUUAGUUAAAAUAAAUUUGAUUGUUGGCAUUUUUGGUUUCUAUCAAACUGUUGACGAGAUAUUCCACUUUUAAUUUUAGGUUGGAGAAAAUUAGUGGUGCAUUAUUAACACGCCGCGCAGUCACAAAAAUGAUACUAAAAAGUUAAACUUAAAAGUGUAACAUCUCGUCAAUGGGUUGAUGGAAAUCAAACAUUUAAACACCGAAAUUUAUUUAAACUAACACUUUGUCUAUUUAUGAAAUUUGUAAUAUAGAUUGCCAUUUGGAAAUCAAAAGUAGGUAGUCGUUUUACCCUCAAUAAUUAAGGUGACAAAAAAUAAUGAAUGCAUUAAAUUUUAAAGAAGCUUGUUUCUUAAAUUUUCAAAAACAAAAAAUUGAAAAAAUUAAAUACUUUCCAGGAUAUCUAGUGCACCUACUUAAAUGGAUCACUCUGUAUAUACCUAACAACAUAGUUCUUUAAAAUAGUUUAAAUUAAAAAUAAGAAACGUAACGUAGUCAAUAUCUACGACGAUUCAAUUUUGUAUAUAAAAUGAAUAUUCUAAUUGUACGUCCGCCUGUCGCCCGUACAAACGUACGGUUUGAACGUUAUAUGCCGAUCUCGAUCCAGAACACUUGAGUACAUAACAUUCAAACCAGGACGAAGGUUACGGUCUAUAAUUUUUAUCAUCGUCGAUAACAAGUGGCGGACAGAGAUCACAGUUAUCACAGCCCAGCAAUCGAAACUAGUGGUCCCAAUGACCAUGUAGUUUUAAAAAUAAAACAGAACAUUUUGUUUUUUUUAGUAGUCAAUACCGAAAAACUGAAAAUCAAUUAAACAUAAUAACGAAAAAAUAUUAUCAUAUUUCAUUUUAUAUAUUAUAGGUAUUCGUGUUAUUAUUUCUAGAUUCUAAGCAGAGCGAGGGAUGUAUCGGUUUUACAAUGAUGUUCAUUAUUUAUAUUUUUUUUUCUGUGAAAAACUUUUCAAACUAGCAAUUUUUCUCCGAUUUUCAAUUAAAGCACUUUUUCUAAAAUUGAUUGAUUUUCCCAGCUAUUUCCAUUAUAAAUGGGACAAAAUCGGGAAAAAUCGAGAAAAAAAAACGUAAGGAAAACGGUAAAAUAGGUACAAUAUUAAACAAAUAAUAUUAAAGAAAAUAUAUAAGACCUAUGUAAUUAUUUUACCAUAAUAUAGCAUAUUACACAUUGUUAACAAAGCAACACUAUCAACUGAACUCCGCUCAGAAUAGUUUUUUCGUUAGCAAUGGUUUAUCGUUGCUUACAGACAUACAUUACAUUCUCUCUCUACUAUCUUCCCAACUUCUCACCUACAACAGUGGCAUACCCAUCGUGCGAAGUUUGUCUGUAUCUUUUUGUUUUUUCGGAACGCCAAACCCCGCGUGGCCCGGGCCGUACUUGCCCGCGGCUCGCCCGUCUAAGGUCCGCCCCGUGUCCGCCUACUCGCCGCACCGAUCAAUAAUACUAACGGCAGCGGCAGCGGCGGCGCACUACAGAUGUCUGAAAUACAAAUUCGUCAUUUUUAAACAGCCGUAUGUAUUAUUAAAACAAAAAACUUGGCUACAGCGACACUUUUGUAUACCUUUAUAGAUUACGGUUCUGGUCAUUCGUUGUUUACUAUUAAUAAUUUUUUUUCGUAAUAUUAUAUUUAUAUACUCGCUCGAGUUUUCGAGUUUGUCGCGCCGUAAAUAUUUUUACAUUUUAACCAUUGGUGUUCACACUAUAUUUUUAUGACGUAGCAGAAUUUUAAAUUCAAAAACGCCGCCCACCUCCAAAACUUUUACCCAUUUAAAUAUUAUAUACUUUCCAAUCCCUACAACCUACAAACUACGUUGAACGUUUAUACCCAUUGUACCAGACUAUCCCGAUUAUCGAUUACCCGGAACAUCCAUCUAUCCAAACCAUAUGAUGUGUAGCAACUGUUAUAACUAACUUAAAACAAUUGAAAAAAAAAAACUUAAAAAUUAACUACGCUAUUACAACGGUAGUUUUCAGUGGCGUGCUCACCUUAUUCAUAUGGGGGAGGGGGGAUGAACUGUAUUUUGUUUUGUUGAUAGUUAUACAUACAAAUUUACAAAAUUUACUCAUUGGUGAUACUUUAGAAGCAGGUAGUUAGGUUUAAAUUAUAAUGUUAAUAUAUAAGGCUCGGAAGUUAUAGGAGUUGCAUAUUUUUCUGUACGCAUUGAAUUUAUAGCAGAUCAAGCUAGAAAUAAUUUCUACACGAUGGAGAGUUUAAAAAUUGAACAUUUAAAAUGAAUAUUUCGUUUAUUUAGUUAGUUUUAGAGAAAACCUGCGUAUUUUGUCGAUUUUUAUUGACAUUCGCAUAUUUUCAUGCAUGUUUUAUAUUUUUUCUACAAAAUUGAUUUUUUUCUUUCUUAACCAAUUUAUUUUAAAUGCUAUUAAAUUUAAACUCAAUAUUAUUUAACGUAAUUAUUUAUUGUUAUUUCUUACCAUCUCAGUCUAUUAUUAAUUUAAUGACAACAGUACGAUUCGUAUUUAAUCUUUAUCUUUUUUGUGCAUAUUAAUAAUUUAAACAUUAAAUGUUUGUAAAUAAUAAACUGAAUGAUUGUUUGCAUAUUUAUUAUAUUUUUUGUAUAAUAUUAAACAUUUUUUCAUACAUAUUUAGUCUUUUUUAGUUCCUAUAACUUCCUAGUCCUAUAUAUUAUAUACAUAACCUAACCUAUUUGUUUAUAUUAAUAUUUUAAACCACUUUUUCAUUUUUUUCAUUUAAAGGAAACUUAAAUGUUGGCAAUGGUAUUCAUACAUUUUCAAGUGCCUAAACAAUAAAAAACAAAAGUUAUCUACACCGGGUAGUAAGAACUGAUUUUUUUUCAUCUGAAAUAAGUCUAAACUUACAGUAAAUUUAUCCGCAUCUGAUAAUCUACAGUUCACAAAUAAGCUUAUAUCGUUCACAUGUAUACUUUCAGUCUUAAAAACAUGAAACUAUUAAAAAUAUUUAAUAAAUUAGGUAUGUGUACUAACAUAAAAGUUUUAUUAUAGCAUAUCUAAAAACCACAUAACCAUAAAUACUAUUGAUAAUAUAUUAAUAUGCCGAUAGUCGCGUUUAUAACAUAGGCAUUGGAAUAUAAUGAACGGAAAUAUUAUAAUAGUCCAUUGGUACAUUUUUUUUUUUAAUAUUAUUUAUGCAAUAUCUAUAGAUAAUUUUUAUUACUAUAGUAUUUAUUAAACAUAUUUUAUAUGUAUGAUAAUAAUUAGGGCCCGAGACUUAAUGCACAUAAAAUCCACAAAAAACAGCUUAAAAUCAACAAAAGAUCUCUGAAAACAAACUAAUUAUACUUAUUAUAAUAAUACUUACAAUUGUAUUUAAAACUUGUGUUGAUAGUUUGUGUAGUGUUGGAAAAUUGUAUUUUAUAAGUUAGAGAUAUAUAAGGGGGGAGGGAACUUUUAAAAACGUACUGCCAUUUUCAAGUGCAUUUUCAAGCCUUUUUUGAUGUUUUCUAUCGUCUUUAUGUGGAUUUUGAGUGCUUAAAGUCCGGGUCCUAAUGACUAAAAAUUAAAACCGACAAUGCACUACUUUUUUUUUUUCCGAGAAAACUUAAACUACCAAGGAACAUCAAACAAGUACAUAAAAAAAAAGUUCAUGGGGGGGAUAUGACACCCUCAACCCACCCCCGUUUACACGUGCAUUUCUAUAUUAUAUACGCCAAUAAACCAUAUUAAUAUUGUGCUUAUCGGCGUAAGAUUGGAUUUUUUUUUUUUUUUGAUUUUUUUUCGACUACUUGUGCCACUAAAAACAUGCACGUGUAAACCCAGCAUAAUGAUCACAUGGUAUCUUAAUAUUUCAAGUUUUUCUUGCGUCGCGCAGUCAGGCACAAUUUCACAACGAACAUCACACGGAUACUUCUUUGAAAUACACUCGCUGUUGUCGGUAGGCGGUUCUAUUUCGCGGGGCUGAUUGACACGACGCGGCGCACGAUCAAUAGAAUAUAACAGGGGGAGGGAAACAAACAGUGUAUCCCCGGUUCGAUCGAUUCUGCACGGUGUUCGGUGCGUCGGUCCCGCGCAGUAGCUUUGCCCGGGUCCAUAAUAGUCGAGGGGUAAGGUUGAAACGAAACCCCUGGGGGUGGUAUUAUUCGGCGUUUUUCGCGAGCAAACCCUCCGCCAGUAUUUUGCGUCGUUUCGUCCCGUACGGGGUCACGAACGAUAGUAUUAUACAGGGCGAUUCUUUUAUCGUCGAACGCUCGUCAUUGUGCAAAAUAUUGACUUUAAAAAAAAAAAAAAAUUAUAUUUAUAGGACUUUUAAUGUACGUUACCAUUGGAAAAUCAAAAUUCGGUAGUCGUUUAUCUUCAGACAUAAGAGUAAAUAAAAAUUACAAAAAAUAAUAGUAAUGUAAAUUUUAAGGCGUUUUAGAUUCUAAGUGUAGCGAAGAAUGUACUGGUCUUACAGAGAUGUUUAUUAUUUUAUUUUAUUUUAUGUGAACAAUUUCUACCAGAAAGCUUACUCCAAUGUAUACAAUGUAGGCUCUUUUCUGAAAGGAAUUUUUUUUUGGAGUGGUACUUUAUGAAGGUUAUUUUUCGAUUUCCUUUGGAGUUUUCUCAUCAAAUGUGAAAAACCUAAAAUAAACGGAGGAGAGGAAAAACGGGAAAACGUACGAAAUAUAUUAGUUAAAUAUUACGAUUUUUUUUUCUGUGGACAACUUUUCUACCAGCGAUUUUGCUCCGAUUUACAAUUACAGCACUUUUUCUAAAAGGAAAUCUGACUAAGGUACUUAUUCGAUUUUCCCAAGAGUUUUCUCAGCAAAUGAGAAAAACAGGAAAAAACAUGGAAAAAUAGGGGAAAACUUAGGAAAAACGGGAAAAUCGUUACAAUAUUAAAUGAAUAUUAUUUAAGAAAAUAUAUAAUGCCUAAUUAAUUAUUUUACUAUAAUUUAAUGACAUAUAUAUUGCAGACAAAGCAUCAAUGUCAACUGAACUCCAAUCAGAAUCGUUUUUUCGUUAGAAAUAGUUUAUCGUUGCUUACAGAUAUACAUAAAAUUAUCAUGUGUAUCCUUACUUCCCAACUUCCUGUCUACAAUUUUGGCUCUCACGUGCGAAGUCUUUUUUUUUUAAUUUUCAAAAUAAUACUUUGCGAAAAAUGAGCGUUUGACGACAAACGUAUCACUCUGUAUAUUGGCCUGGGCAAACGCGUUUUCCAGGUGGCAGCCCGCCGAAAUAAUAAAAUCAAUACUGAACCCCGGCCGUCGGGAGCCACCUCGAUUUGGGUGGUGAAUUUGUAGCGGACGUUUUAUUUUGUUCUUGCAGUUCGUUUUACUCGUUGUAUAAAACGAAUCUAGGUCAAAAUAUCCACGGACAAAAUAUCAAAUAACGGUCGAAAUACCCAAAUUUAAAAAUAUUUAUAAACGUUUCUCUAAAUUUUUAAUUAUACUAUAGUGAUAGGAAUAAUCGACAGGAAAAAUAAUCAAAUAAUCCAAUAAUGAUUUGUAGUCGAAAUAAAAACAGUGAAAUGGCCAAAUAAUACAUUUGAAUGGAUUACGGUUUGAUUGAACUAGUUAUACAAUGAAUAAGCUAAUUAUAAUAAUAAUAUUGUUAUUAUCAUACUAUAAUAAUAUUUUAUCGUAAAAUUUCUUUUCGACGUAUCAUUUGCAAAAAAAAAAAAAAAUUAAAAUAUUGUUUCCGAGUUGAAAUGUAAAAUACAAUAUUUUUUAACAUUAUAUUAACCAAUGACUAGUAUAUGAUAAUAGAUAUUCCUGUUUCUGAAUUAGUAUCCGUGGACUUGAAUUUAUAUAAGUACAACAACAAAUGAAAGUCAAAAACACUAUACAAACCCAAACGAGAAAUGACGUAUCCGCAGCACGGUCUGUUAACAUUUAAUGUUUAUAAUAUUUUUAGAUAAUUAAUAGAUUAUUUGUAUUUCAUUCGAUCGUUGUAAAUGUUAGAUACCCAUCGAGUAAAGUUAAUAUUGACUAUGUCUAUUAUUAAGUACUUGCUUGUUAUUAUAUUAGUUGUACAUGCAAUCAUACGGGUACUCAAAUUACGGACUAAUUAAGUACUUACAAGUUCCUAUUUUAACUUUUUAAAUUUCAUUUUUGUAAUAUGGCACCUAAUAAAAAGUCAACAGUGUAAAAGUAUAUUUUAUAAAAAAAUAAACUUGCAAAAAACGCGUCGUUCAUCAGUUGCGCAUUGAUGUACUUUAUUUUAUUUUAUAUGUAUGUUAUUUAUAAGUACCCAGUGAACAUUAAACGAUUAUUUUUUUAUUUAUCAAACGGCAAUAUCAUGUGGUCUUAUACAUUUUAAUAUGUGCAUUUUUAUCGCGUAGUUUAUUCGAGUGAUUUAAUAAAUAUGUCUGCAACUAUAAUUCAAUAUUUCCAUUGUCAAAAUCAUUCGAUAAUUAUACCCAUCGCUACUAAUCGCGUACAAUGUUGGUUCUAAACAAAUAAACGCGCGCAUAAUCUAUACAUUUCAAAGAACUAGAUAUUGUUAUUUCGUCGAUGAAAACCUCAUUCGAACAAACCUCGUUUGAUAUUCCAAUUCAAUUCGGUUUAAUUAUAAAUUGUUUUCGGAACGAACCGAUUAUUCGUCGAUAACGGACCGAUAAUCGUCUCUAUUGUACGAAACAAAAUAUGUUUUACCCGUACAGCAAUGGAAUAUUAAAUAUUAAUGGACCCGUGUCCCCGAUUCCGGAGUUUUAAAACGGCAUCUUGAUAGGUUACAAUAUCAUUUCAAGGCCAAUUUAUUAUGGUUCGUUGUUAUAAUAUACACUGUUCCAUUUAUAAUAAUACUAGCUGAAUUACCCGGCGUUGCCCGGAAACAAAUUCGUGACAAAUUAGAUAACGCCACGCAUCACCGUUUACCGUCUUAAAUUCAUGAUUAUCGAUAAUAUACGUAAUAGCCUAAUAUCUAUACGUUUAUUUUUAUCGAUAAACUUCUCGGAACAAUUUUAUUCUCGGAAUCGUUAUUCUUAUCUACACGACGACGACGAACAAAAAGGAUAGGUUGCAGGUAGCUGGAGACCCGCGGGCCGCCGUGCCGCGCAAUGCGUAUUGGCGGUGAAUAAUUAAUAAACUGUUAAUUACUCCACUAAAACGCGACAUUUUUGAAAAUCCCUCCUCAUUGCGCGGUGAAAAUACGAGAAGAACCUGUAGUCCAAAUUUCAAGCCCGUACGUUACGUAGUUUUUGAGAUACAGCGAUCAGUCAGUCAGUGGUAUUUGGAUUUUAUAUGUAUAGAAGAUUACGUUUAGUGCAGAGGCGUCAUUUCACGGAUUUUUUCACGGGAUACCAAACAAAUAUUGAAAAUUCUAUAGUAAAAGCGGAUCGCUUUGAUCGCGUACCAUCUAAAGGACAAAACAUUCAUUUACAUGUAAAAUUAUAACAUUGAUUAUUGAUAUUAUUUCAUAGUACUUUUAAUAUUCAGAAACCUAUUUCAUUUUAGUAUUUAAAGUACCAUUGGUAUUUUAAAUAAACAUAAAUGAAUUGGAUAUGAACAGAAAGGUGAGUUACUCGCUAUAAUACUGUUCAUAUAAAUUGCACAAACCGCACUCGACACUGUAUAUGUAUAGAACUGUAUACAUUUUUUAAUAAAAAUAAAAUCUUCACCGUUCCGUAAAAUUAUAUUACCUGUACGGCUAUACAUAUUCUUUUAUAUUAUUUAUGGCAUUUAUACUGUGUCUAUGUCCUCUGAUACUGAUCAAAUUAAAUUUGAUUUUUAAAAAAAUGUACAAUAACGAAAUCGGCGCUAAUCUAUAAAGACGAUUAACUUCAGUUUCAUAUCUAUCCAUGUAAUUAUUAUGAUAGAAUCACAAAAAACAUUUUUGUAAUAUUUAUUACAAAACGAUUGUAUUUUUAUGAAUAUUUUAUGAAAUUAUUUGCAUCUACACAUUAUUUUAAAUGCGUUAAAAGAAAUUCGUGGGAUAUAUUAGCAUACCCUUGUAUCCUCACAAAUGAUUCCACUGGUUAAAUAAGUGUUAAAUUACGUAAUUCGAAAUAAUAACAGUUACACGGCACAUCGAGUAAAAUUCAACACGGAAAUAUUAUUAUUACUAGGGUUCGGAUAUUUAUGAAAUUACAUGUGUUGACAAUGAGUAAUAUUGAGCAAUGACGACCUGGAUACAGGUCUACCGAAUCAAAUUGUAUGAUUUUUAUUUUGUGUAUGUUUUGUUUGUGUAUUUUAAAUGCACACUUUAGAUCUUUAAGAAUAUAAAUGUAUUUUUCAGUACUUAUACAUUUUUUACAAACAAUUUAAAUUUUAUACCGUAGUAUAAAGCGAAAAAGCAUAAAAUUUUAACCAAAAAAAAAAAAAAAAAAACCAUUGUAUCACACUUGUGCUUUUAUUGUAAAAUUAAAAUAAAUAAUAAAUAACUACUGAAAAAACUACUAAUAAAAACGAAAUACUUGAGAUAAAAUACAUUUUUUUACGCAUACGAAACGACUAUAAUAGUAAUAAUUAAUAAGCUUUUUACUGUAGUCGUUGAUUAUAAAAUAUAACAGUGAAAAUUAAAUUCCUGGUAAGCGGCGAUAAGAUAAUCGAAAUUUUAAUUAAAUCGGGAUUUUGCUCCGGCCGCCGUACUGAAAUUACCGACGAAAAUGCGCGUCGGUCAAUAAUAUUUAACGUUUUCUCGUCGACCUACGAACCGCCACUGUCCGAAACGCUUGUGCCCUUUCACGCGGGCCACGAUCUCUCACCCGGAAUCGACAACCUAUCGAAUAUUAAAUAUUUUAAUUAGGGCGCUGGCCUUGUUGUAAUAAAAAUGAUCGGAAUAUGCAAUGGAAAUCGUCAAAAUAUGCAGAUAAUUAUUUAUUUUAUUUUGUAAAACACGGAUAAAACAUAAUAUUAGAUUUUAGAAAUGGAAAUCUUGAAAAUAGAUAGGUACAUAACAAGGUUGGUAAAGAUUGAUAAAGAUAAAGAGACCCGUCCCUAUAGUCUACCUACUCAAAUUAAUUUAUUAAAAGAAACGAUUUUCCCAAGAAUUUUAAUAACAUAAAAAUAAAAAACCGAAAAAGACGUCCUAGAGUGCAACCACUGUUAUAGGUAAUUUUAAUGUAUACGUGUAAGCAACGAUAAACCAUUGCCUACGAAAAACGAUUCUGAGCAGAAUUCAGUUGAUAGUGAUGCUUUGUCAGUAAUACAUGUGUCAUAUUAUAGUAAAAAAGUUAAAUAGGCUUUAUAUAUUUUCUUUAAUAAAAUUUGUAUAAAGUUGUACGAGUUUUCCCAGUUUUUCUACGAUAUUCCCGGUUUUCCCAUGUUUCCCGAUUUAUCACAUUUUCUUGGAAAACUCUUGAGAAAAUCGAAAAAUUACCUCUCUAAAGUACUUCCCCAGUCGGAAUUCCUUUUAGAAAAUGUCUAUCAUUAUAUAGAUCAAGAUUUUUGGUAGAAGGUUGAUAAUUAAAAAAUAAUAAGUAAACAUCUUUGUAAAACCAUAAAAAUAACUUAAAACUUCUUCGCUCCACUCAAAAUCUAAAAUGCGAAAUAUGCACAGAAUGUGUGCAUAAUUUAAUUUAGUAAAAAUUGCUCAAAUAUGCACCUUUCCUAAAAUAUGAUAAAAUAUGCAAAUUAAAACUUUGUACUUAAUUUCGGAAUUUCGUAAAUCAAAUUUGUAGCUUACCUAGAAUAAUCUACAAACAAUUUUUAAUAAAAUAAUCAUGCAAAUGCAAGAAGUCCCGAACCCUAAUUAUAAUAUUAUUAUAAUAAAAAUAAUUAUAAUAUUCUUAUCUAUCACCCGAUACUGUUUUAUAUACGCAAUGACGUAGAUACUUUGGUAACGGUGUAAUUACGUGUUCACGUUCUCGGGAGCUGGCAAUAUCCUUACUCUCUAGCUGGUAUAAUAUUAGUCAUUAUAAAUAUUAUCUAUUUAAACGAGUUUAUUUUUUCUCUUUUCAAUAUUAUUCGAGUCGACCACGAUAUAAUUUAAUACCGUGUUUUUUUUUUUUUUUUUUUUAUACAUAAGGCGUGCCUACGAAACACCGACGGACGGGGAAAAGUGGUUUUCGGUGUUUCGGUCGUACGUACGCACGCUCAUAAAAUAUUAAUAUGUUAAUGGAGGAUAACGAAAGAAAAAUAAAAAAUACUAAACUAGAGAUUAUCUAAGGAGUUCUACGUGGUGGACGACCGGUCCUAUUAAAAACUGAAAAAUAUUACCACCGUAGGCGUAUAAAUAGUUAUUCUCCGACUAAAAUAUGUAAAUUUCUCGGGGAAAAAAAAUAUAAUACAUACGCUUUAACUCCGCAGUAAUAAAUUUCCGGUCGACCUCUGUAGCCGCGUGACGUCACUAUACAAUGAUCUUUUCUCUUUCUAAUUAUAAAUAAAAAGCUGUCACGCGCAGCCACUGUUGUAGGAAAUAAGUUGGGAAGGUAGUAGAGGGGAAAUCGAAUGUAUAUCUGUAAACAACAAUAUUAACCAUUGCCAAUGAAAAAACGAUUCUGAGCAUAGUUUAAUUGAUAGUGUUGCUUUGUCAAAAAUAUAUUUUAUGUCAUAUUAUGGUAAAAUAAUUACAUAUUAUGCAUGUUUUUUUUUAGGUUUUUCCAAUUUAUUGCAAAAACUCCUGAGAAAAUCAAAAAAUGACCCUACGCCUAAAGUACUUCCCCAGUCAGAUUUCCUAAAGUGCUAUCAUUGUAAAUUGGAGCAAGAUUACUGGUAAAAUUUUUGUACACAGUAUAAAAAAAAUAAAUAAACAUCAUAGUCAAACCAAUAUAUUCCUCGCUUUGUUAAGAAUCUAAAAUAUUUUCGUUGGCAGCCUCGCGGUCCCUACGAAGAUAAUUUUAUCAGUUAUCGUAUUUUCGAUUUCGUUAUAUCGGCCCGUUUAAAAUAAUUAUUUAUUUAUUUGUUUGGAAAAAUCAACGUUAAUCGACAGUUAACAAUUAAGCAAGAAAUUAUUACAUUUAAAUCUUAAAAUAGACGCAUGAAUACAAUAACAGGGAGAAAAAGUAAAUACAAAUACAGAUAUUACUCGGGGAAUACGACUCUGAACAUGCGAUAAAGGGAGAGAGAUUAUGGCCGUAAGAAGCAGUGUGACUUGGGAUAGAAAAUGAAAGUUGGUUGUGCGUAGAAUAUGAGGGACCUCUAAAACAGACUCUUUCCAGAGAAAAUCAAUAAAUCGCUGCGCUAGUAACCUUGGUUACGUUAUUCCGCUGACGAAAACGCGUAAUAUUAUAUUUUAUACACGGUACCCACUAUUAUACGUAUUCGUUCGGUACAAUAUUAUAGUACGCCACGUUUACAUUAGUGAUGGGAACGGUAAUCGAUAAAAAAGAAAUAACAACCGAAUAGUUGGACAGGAUUAUCAUAAAUUCGUUCAAUUUGUCCUGAGGCCAACAACACUUUAAACCUUGUAUUUGUAACAAUCCUACCCUUCGAACGUCAAUUUACAGAUAUCCUAUGAAUUAGCCCAUCAUCAAAGAAGUAUAAUAAUAAUAAUAAUUAUUAUUAUAAUCAAUUAGAAAAUGCGAUUAAAACCUUGUGCUUAAUAAUAAGUACUUCUCACUGGACUUGAAAAAAUUAUCAAAAAACACGAAUUUAACAAAAAUUUGAUACGUCAAAAUUUUCAAAAGAAUAAACUCAUUUAAUGGUUAUCUACACAUUUUUUAAAAGUGAUGACAAAAAAUUUAUCUUUUUAAGUUUAUUUACGAAAACAUACAAAUUGAAUUCAAACAUAAAUAUUUGAAGUCCAUAUUUCUAUGAGUAAUUUAAAAAAAAAAAAAAAUCCAUAAAUAAAUUAUCUUUAUUAUUUUAGAAGUUAUUUCAAUGGGUAUAUCCAUAUAUCCAUUAUCUUCGUAAGACACUCAUCUAUAUAGACUUUGAUAGGUUAUAAUUUAAUGCCUAGGAAAAAAUACUUUUUAAUUGUAUCAAGUUAUCGUUCGACACUUAUUACCUACCAUAGUAGAAUUUUGAAGACAAUAAAUAAUAAUGCAUUAAAUAUCUGAAGUUGUCAAAGAUUUGUUAAAUUUUCCAAUUUUAUUGACUAUUCUAUUAUCUAUAUUGGUAUUAUUUUAUUAUUUUUAUUAUACAUUGUAGAUUUCUAUACAAUGCAAUUUAUAUAUAUUUUAAGUAUAUACCUAUUUACUAACAAUUUGCAUGAUGAUAUCUAUAAAAUUGUAAAAAUGUUAGCUGUUUGCACUAUCUAAACACCUCAAAUCAGGGAGUAAAAACGUGUAGGAAAAUUUCGUUUUUCGUUUUCGAGUAUAAUAAGCUAUGCAAUUAUUUUUAUGUCUAAAAAUGCAUUUUUUCCGUGUAAAUUUUUUGUUAUCAUGUUUUAAACAUUUUAAUACUGUCAUUUCAAGCAAGUCAAUUAACAUUUUAAUCAUGUUAAUUGAUUUGCUUUUUUGUACGGCAAUUUUUGAAAAUAAUUUCUUUUAAUUAUUUUCUUAUUUUAAUUUUAAAUUAAUUAUGUUAUAAUGUUAUUAACACGGAUAAUUAAAUUUUGUAUUAUUAAAGAAUGGACAUACAAUUGCGUAUUACAAAAACUAUUGUGUUAAUUAUUUUGCACUGUUAGAAAAUUGAGUUUGAUAAGUUAAGAGUAAUUAAAAAGGAAAGGAGGUCUUUUAAAACCCUUCGUCAUUUUUUUUUUUUUUACGUAAGAGAAUAUGAUUCCGGGAUAUCAUCAUUACAAACGGUUUCCGCUGUAAAAUCCUUAGAACACGACCACAAGACCGAGAUGAUCGUGGACCGAAUAAAUUCACACUGAGUGUGCUGCUCAGUGAUCAUACUCUUUCUUACGCUUCGUGUAACCGCGGCUUUACACGUCUUCGUGGGUCACGUUUAUUUCGAUUUUUUUUUUCGUUUUUUUUUUUUUUUUUUUUUUUUUUUUUUUCUAGACGCGGCACAAUAUGCAGCGCAGAGAGAGACAGCAGAUACGUUUCCGACUCGAGUUGUCUGGCAUAAUUUAUUAUCACUGACGGGGAUAGAAUAUACGAUGCCCGUUAACGCACACAUCGGGCGUCCGUCUGUCGGGCUUAUUGUUAUUAUAGUUUUUUGUGUUUUCGUGCACAAUAAAAUACCGGUUACAGAGGAAUGCGGUCGGGGUCGAACAAACAUUCGGUACCCAUUAGCCCCGCCGACCCGAGCAGCUGCACACCGCGCCGUCGUCGGGACGACAAGGGUCGUCCGGCCCACCGGAGUCCAACUGCCGACGGGCGUGCACGUGUGUGCUACGAGGUAUUUAUUUUUCCCCGCGUGGGUAUAAUGACCGCGGAUUGUGUUCUCGUACGAGCCGAAUAGGAACCCGCCAGUCGGGGGUGUCUUGGCGGCGGCGUCGGCCGUUCAAACGUCUCGACGGCCUGCAACCGAUUUCCCACGCAGGAAAUUAUAAUUUAACGCUGCGCGCCGCCGGGUCGGGUCGGGUGUGCGGCGCGCCCGACUCGCCUGGCCCGCCUUGAAAACCCGACGGGCGCGGCAUUACGAUAUUAUCGUCCGCGGCGAUCGUCUCGACGGGGAGGCGAACAAUAAUAGCAUCGAACAAUGUCGGCGGACCAACAGCAACGUUAUUACUGUGACGGUGAACAACGCGAGAUACGAUGAAACCAGGGACGCGGGGACAGUUACUGUACAUUAUAUAAUAUUGUUAUUCGAUUUUUCGAACGACGACGAUCGGUGGACGGGAUACGGGGGCAGUGAAAUUCGGCCUAACCAGCAAACCUGAUUACCUAACCUUUUUGUGUACGCGUGGCCGCCGCCAUUAUAAUUAUAUCCCGGCGGUCCGAGUAUACGGGUACGCGUUGUACGGGGCUGUCGGGGACCUUUAUUCACGCGUCACGGUCAAUCGGUUCCGAACGAAUAUUUUUGUGUUUUUUUUUUUUUUUUUUUUUUUUUUUUAUAUAUAUACAUACUGUGUACACAGCUAACCUUAUCGGAAACCGUGCAUCAAAAAUAAUGGUUUUAUUAUUGGACUCUGAGCGGAACGAGGAAUAUAUCGGUUUUACAAAGAUGUUUAUUUAUUUUUUUUUUUUUCUGUAAACGACUUUUCUACUAUUUUAGGCAAGUAAAAAGGAACUAUGUAGGUGUAGUGUACACUAUGUUUUAAAUUCGGGUAAAAGUCAUUUUCGUAGGAGUUUACAUGUAGCCGAAUACGAGCAGAUAUUAUUCAAUACAUAGACCAGCCGGUAGAAAUUAUUUUCAAUAACGUGUUUUUAAACACUGCGUUUUGACCGCCGUCGUACCAUAUGUAUGUCUUUGCAUUCAGCUAUUGUACAAUAUAAUGCUUAAUGCCAGCCACUCGAAACUAUUGAAAGGCCCCCAUGGACAUUGCACGUUAAUGGACUCUACGUGUGUGGGCCCGUCUGUAAUAAAAUUUAAGACACGCUUACGGAUUAAUUUCUUCUUCUAGGUUUUUUUUUUUUUUUUUUAAAACGAAUAAAAUAAUUUACGCAUUACCUAUAGCGGGCAUCCUAACACGGCGGAUAAAUAACGUUGUGGGUUAUUUUUGUAAGAUAUUUUGUCAUUGUUUUUAAUUGAAUUUUCGAUAUUGAAUUUGUGCUUAUAAGGGCUACGUAAAAUUUAUUUUCAAAAAUUUUCUUUAAACUCUAAAUUAAACUUAAAAUCAAAUUGAUACUACACAUGAAUUGAGCAAAGAUUAAUAGAAUAAAAUUAAGAAAGAGGGCUAUAAAAAUCCGGAAUAUAAAAUUAACGAUUUCUUCGAAACGUAGUACACGUUUAUAAUGCAGUAGCUCUUUUCGCAGUAUUAUAUAGUCUAAGGAUAAAAUACAUUAAAAUAAAUAAAUUUAUUAACUACUAUUUUUGUAAUCAUAGUAAUCAAAAGUAAUAACGAAUAAUAAUGAUAACAUAAAUAUUUGAAUUUGAAAAUAUAUGAAAUCAUUCUAUGUUUGUGUUAUCACAAUUGAAUAAUUUGCAGAUAAUUUAGUUUUCUAAGUUGUACAUGGUUUAGAUUUUGUUAUCUUCGGGAAAACUACCCAGCGCCCGUUAGUUACUAGUAUAACAAAACUAUUUUGGUACGAUAGUCAGGUUUUAAUGCAAUUUGUGAAUAUUUUAAAUAAAGAAAAGUUAUUUAAUGGAAUAACACCAUAAACCAUAAAAAAUAUACAUUAAAAAAAUUAAAAAUUGAAACACGUAAUUAGAAUUUUACUUUAAAAACAACAUUCGGUACACAGCACCAAAUUUAUAAACUCGUUUACGAUAAUUAUAAUACUUUCUUGGUAGAUAUUAUAACAUUCACUUUUUGCGGUGGGUUAGAGUAGCAGUGUAUAUUAUUAUAAGGAUACAUUUUCAACAGUAAAAUAUCAGUUCACCAACUACCGCCAGUCAAGAAGUACAUCAUUCCAGCUACAUAGCCCAGUCAUAAUGAAAAAACAACAGUCUCUAGUUUCAAAAACAUCACUUUUCAACAGCGUCAGAAGCAAAAUAUACAUCAGUUACUAACACAUUCACACACACACACACACACGUGAUGUAUACAUACAUACAUACAUACAUACAUACAUACAUACAUACACAAAAAUAGUAUAUUCGUAAUAAUCCACUUUAGAGAAUUAUAUUCUGUAUGUAAUCUAAUGAUUGAUUAUAUUGACUAUGAUAACCUAUAGGUACAAUUAGUCUACCGUGUAGACGCUAUAGUUCCAACGACUUUUUAGAGUUCCGUACUGCAAAUUUAUCGUUUUUAGCGGCUUGUUUUAAUUUGAUAAUAAUUAUUGUCUUCGUUUUUAAUUUUUUUUUUUGAAUAUAACAAAAUUAUAAAUAAAUACCUUAGACCGCAUAAUCGAUUCCUGUAUACAAGUAUAAGCGUCGUAUCGUGUGACCUUGUGAAGUCACGCAGUUAUCUCUGUCAAGCUUUAUAUCGCCUCAACAAAUUGACGUAUACAAAUUUCAGUACUACCGUUAAGCCCGGUUCACACGAUCAAAUAUUUUAGAAACAUUUCUAAAAUAUUUGACAGUUUUGUCAAAUAUUGUAUUACUAGAUUGAUAACAAAUUUUUAUCGUCGUAUAUUAUCAUGAUUAUGAAAUAUAAUUUGUACAUUUUAUACAAAGGCAUUGUCAUUUGUAGUGUAAUUGUAAUUAUUAUUUAUUACUUCUUAUUACCUAUUUACAAAAUUUUAGAUAAAAUCAAAUUAGUUUUCAAUGAUACCGAAAAGAGUAAAAGUAUUAUUGCUAGACUGAACACUGAACAGUUUAAAGUACCACUAAAACUGGUGAUCAUGAUUUAGUGGUGGGAUCAGGAAUUAUUUAUGAAUUUGGGUUUUUGAAUUUUUGGGGGAAUAAAUUAUUAUAUUAUUAUUAAUAUUCAUAUGUGUACGAUGAACGCGUAUUCAAAAUUAUAAGAAAAUACCUUUAUUUGUAUUACACACUCAUCGUAGAAAACCAAUAGAUCCCUCUCUACACUUCAAAUCUAAUACUUACGAAAUAAUAAUUCAUAUUACAUAGAAAACAGUGGCGUACCUAGACCUCUCUUACGGUAGGGGGGGUGUGAAAUAUAUGUUUACCCAUUCUUAAAAUAGACAAUUUCUAAAACAUUUACGUCACAGCUGACCUAACCUAACCUAACCUAACCUAACGGGAAUUUUAUAUUUGUAAAUUAAUAUUAAAUAGAACAUUUUAGUAGGUACAAAAAAAAGAAAUUGUUGUUUAAUGUAAUAUAAUAUAAAGCAUGUUAUAAAAGAAUUUUACUAUAAAUUGUAUUAUAAUACAAAGUCUAACCUCCAGUUUUCCUUCCGGUUUUAGGUUAGAAUUAGAUACAUUUCUAAAUUGUUUUCAUUAAAAUUAAAUUUCCUAUUACUUAAAAUAUGUUUGUACAAAGAAAAACUAAGUUCUACGUCUACACUAGUUAUUGGUGCAUAUGUAAAACUUUUUAUUAUAGGCAUUAUAUCUAAAUUAACAUUUGCUUCACCUGACAUGACUUCAUAGUAAAAAUUUAAAGUUUUAUAACCUUAUCACCAUAUAUAUAUAUAUAUGUCUGGGGUAGCCAACGAGAAGAGACUUGCGAGUCGCCCAAUAUAUUAAUAAAUAUGGAAGAACCAAAAUGAAAAAAAAACUUUCCACAACUUUCGGACACACAAUGGUUUAGAGAUAUGUCAUUUUGUACUGAUGUUGUGCAUCUCUUAGCCACAUUGAACAUGUCUCUUCAAGGUAAAAAUAAAUUCAUUAAUAACCUAGUACAAGACAUUUUUGGUUUCCAAAAUAAGCUCAAACUUUUUCAAAGAAACUUAAGAAUAAAUAAUUUAAACCAUUUUCCGUACUUAAAAAUAAUUGAGGAUUGUUUGGUUGGAAUAGCAACGAGAUUUCAUUGUGAAGAUUAUGUACAUAAAUUAGAAUGUUUAUCAACUGAAUCUAAAGAUCGAUUUAAAGACUUGAAAUUACUUAAACCUUUGAUUGCAUUUUUAGAAAAUCCCUUUAUAAUUAAUGUUAUUGAAAAUGGAUGUCCAAUAUCAAAACCGAUUUUAAUGGUUUCAGCAACUUAAGAAAUUGAACUCUUAAAAUUAUUGGAAGAUGAAGGACUGAAACAGUUAACUACAGUUGCCAUUGUUUGUUGGAAUUUCGGAAACGUGUGCCCGUUAUUAAAUGUUCAAAAAUUACUCUUUGCGCUCAAAAAUUAAUAUCGAUUUUUGGAACAACAUAUUCUUGCGAGUCUUUCUACUCGACCAUGAAAAUUAUUAAAUCAAAACAUCGCUCAACAUUAACGGAUGAACAUUUAACAGAAUUGUUAAGGGCUGCUUUAACAACACAUAAUACGGAUUUCAAACAACUUACAAACAAAAUGAACACACAACAAAUAAAAUAAUAAUUAAUAAUUAAGAACACUUUAUUUUUUUGUAAAUUUUUACUAAAAAUUGUAAUUUUUAAAAUUUUUGUAGUUUUUCAAAUACAUAUGGUAAAUUCAUCAUAAAAAAAAACUCUGUAAAAAUGUUUUGUAUCUUACGAUAAGAUACGAGCCGCAUAAGUCUAUGACGCGAGCCGCAGUUUGGUCACCCCUGAUAUAUAUAGACGCUUAUCGCUCGCUAGGCUUUCAAAACUUCUAGAAAAUCUAGACGAACGAUAUAGGCCUAUGAUUUAAAAACGUGAGAAAAUUGCAAAAAAUUGCAUUAUAAAAUUAAAUAGGCAAAAUAUUUUUAGUAUACUUAAGUAUAUCGGCUAUAUAUUUAAUUAGAUCUGAUUUAUCUUUAUGGCAAAAAAAGUUGCAAUAUCAAUUAAAUCCGGUCUUUAAUCAUAAUCAAUUUUGAAAGUUAUCUUGAUUACAAAAUAUGCAGUGUUACCAUUACAACGUGAAUUUUUCCCCAAAUCGUUUUUCGUUAGCACUAGUUUAUAGUUGAGUACAGAUAUAAAUUAAAUAAUUUUGUAUACCAAUCUUACCUUCCCAAAUUCUCACCUGCAACAGUGGCUGCAACUGUCCCUAGUAUAAGCUCUUUUUUAUUUUAUGGUCCUUCAUAUUAUCAUAUCUAUCUUUAUAUCUAUUCAAUAUAUUCAGGGUACAUCAUUGCAAGAUAUUAAAAACUAAGGUAUUGUAUUCACUUUAUUGUUUCUAUGUUGGUAGUCCACUGGUAACAAAUAUAUUUUACUGAUUUUGAAAUGGGCAGGUAUUAAGGAGUUUGGAAGAGUUGUAGUCCAGUCGUCUAGGUUAGUCUCGAUACAAUUGUUCAUUCUAACGUGGCUACGUGCGUAGUGAUUAACCAAGUGGCUAGCUCACUGUUAAUCAUCUCAUUUUAGCACACAUACGCUCCGAAAAUUAUUUGUUUUUUCGACAACGAGUGAUUCAUCUCAUCUAGAUAAGAUUUAAUACUGAGUUCAGUUAAUAUAACGUCUUCGCUUAAAGAAUUACAGGAAACUGUAAAUGAAACGGACCAACGGUCCAAAUCGAAUUCAUCAAUCAAAUGGAGAUUAACCAACUUGUCCAGCAACAACGCAACGUCCAAUCAAACAACCCAAUGUCGACCAACAAUCGUAACCGUCCACAAAGCAGGUCCAACAUCCAAAAUAUAAUUAACCAGCCUCUGGUAAGUAGUGAACAGAGAUCGACAAUGUCAGCGGCUAUCAGCCAACCGGUUGAGCUGACCAGAUACCCUCGAGGAUUGAGACCCGAGAAAAUCGUUGGUGCCAAUACAAUGGAAGACAUAGGCCUUGUAUUUUAUGUAAAAUGGAAAAAUUUAACACAAAUCGAUUGUGUACGUCGUGAAGAAAUUUAUUUAAAUGAUCCUCAACUUGCCAUUGAUUUCUUCAAAAAGCAUUUACGUUUUUCCAGUAAAUGAAACGAAUCAAAGAAGAAAAUGUACUUGAACAAGCU